UCUCUCUCUCUCUCUCAUCUCAAUCUAACCCUAACCCAACUCUACUUGACCCCUUCCCUCUCUCUUUCUCUCUUUAGACCAAACUGACGAUCCAAAACCCAUUCCCCCAUAACCUGUUUUCUUUUCAUCUUCUUCUUCUUUCUUCUCUCUGCUUCUCUCCCAAACCGUCAACAAGAACACCAAGAAACCAUACCAAAAUUAACCCUUUCCUUUACCCACAAGACUGAAGAAGCAUGCCAAUUUCAGCUCCAAUUUUGUGGGUGUCACCACAAAUCUGCUGCUUUCUGCUCAAGCCUGGUUCACUGAACAAGAUGAAGAAGAAUUAAAGCAACCCACAGAAACAAAGAGAGAGACACGGACACCCAAGAAAGUACUGUACAAGUCUUCCUUAGUUGUUAAUCUUUAUUCCCUUUUGCUAGCUCCUCAUCUCACUUUCUCUCUCUCUCUCUCUCUCUCUCUUUCUCUCUCUUUGAAUUUGUGUACACAACCACCUUUUAGCUUGGCACUAGCUCUCCUUUCUUCUUUCUCAAUUUCUUGGGUUCUUUGUAUUCGAGGAAAAAGAAAGUAAAGAAGGUGAAAAAAGAGCAUAAAAAUUUGAUAUGGACACCCAUUCUCUCCCUCCUCCUUUCCAUACAAGAGAUUUCCACCUGCAGCAUCAUCCUCAGUUCCACCAGCAGCAGCAGAAUUCGGAAGACGAGCAAACCGGCAGCAGCGGCCUCAACAACAAGGGCCAGAAAAGAGAGCGAGAUAUGGACAAUGACAGCGGCGGCAAUGGCGGCGAUUUAGGCAAAGAACUCAAUGUCACCAUCUCCGGCGGUGAUGGAUCAGAAAUGACCAGAAGACCCCGCGGAAGACCAGCUGGAUCCAAGAACAAGCCCAAGCCCCCCAUCAUCAUCACCCGCGACAGCGCCAAUGCGCUCCGCACCCACGUCAUGGAGAUUGCCGACGGCUGCGACAUAGUGGAGAGUGUUGCCACCUUUGCCCGCAGGCGCCAGAGAGGUGUCUGCAUUAUGAGCGGGACGGGCACCGUCACGAAUGUGACAAUCAGACAGCCCGCCUCGCCUGGGUCCAUCGUGACUUUACAUGGCCGAUUCGAGAUCUUGUCACUUGCGGGGUCUUUUCUGCCUCCGCCAGCCCCGCCUGCCGCGACGGGGCUGACCAUAUAUCUAGCAGGCGGAGGAGGGCAAGUUGUAGGGGGAAGCGUUGUUGGGACGCUAAUUGCGUCCGGGCCUGUUGUGAUCAUGGCGGCUUCGUUUAGCAACGCGGCGUAUGAGCGGCUUCCUCUGGAGGAAGAUGAGGGUCAGCUGCCAAUGCAAGGCGGCGGCGGAGGUAGCCUUGGCUCUCCGAGCGGAGUUGGUCAUCAGCAACAGCAGCAUCAACAGCAACAACAACAGCAACAACUUCUGGCUGAAGCUGCAAAUACAAAUGCGCCUCUUUUUCAUGGUUUACCUCCCAAUCUCCUGAAUUCCAUGCAAUUGCCAGCUGAGGCGGCCUACUGGGCUACCGGCCGCCCACCAUACUAACCAUGGAACAGCCCGUAUCAGUAUCGGAUCAUAUCACGAGUUCAUUCACUUUGCCAUCAUCACCUACAUCUUACCAAGAUGUUUCCAUCACCGGCUAUGUAGCUAGGUAGUAGCUAGCUAUAUGGAUAGAAGAAGAAUUUGGUUUGUCGAUCAGCAUUUCAGAUUUUUAGUAUGUUUCCUUCUUUUCUUUCUCUUUUUUUUCGAGCUUGGUUUAAUUAGCAUUGUUCGAUGAUUAGAUCACGUACCAUAUGUUUUACUUGUUUGAUUGAAAGACUGUAUAUUUCAUGGAUUAUUCUUGGUGAGUUUCAUUUUGUGAAAUGUACUAGCUAGUGCCGAAGCUUUGUUUAAUAUAUGAAGAGAAACAGCAUCCAAGAAGAAGGAACCAUGAGCACAAUUUCUUAGUCUAGUGUUUGCUUUCUCUACAAUGGCGGCCUUGUUGUCCUCCUCACUCAUUAAUCUUCUUCUCUAUCCAUGAAUAAGAAUUUGCUGUUCGAACCAAA